GCUCCCCCUCGCUCUCGGUAUGGCGGAUGGCGAGCGGUCCCCGUUGCUCUCGGAUCUCGGUGAUGGAGCUCUCGGCAGUGGUAACGGCGGGGUGUCUCCCGGAGCAGCUCCACACGGUGCUCCGAACAAACCGCAGAGCUUUCCUCCGUUUCCGAGCUCGACUCAGCCCCCUCUGUUGAUGGGCGAGAACCCUCCACCAUAUUCCCCCCUGACGUCUCCAGAGAGUGGCAGUGCCCCAGUCAUCAGCUGUAGGGUGUGCCAGUCGCUCAUCAGCGUUGAGGGCAAAAUUCACCAACAUGUGGUCAAGUGCGGAGUCUGCAAUGAAGCUACACCCAUAAAGAAUGCCCCUGCAGGGAAGAAAUAUGUGCGGUGUCCUUGUAACUGUCUUCUCAUCUGCAAGGUCACAUCCCAAAGGAUCGCCUGCCCUCGGCCUUAUUGUAAGAGGAUCAUAAAUUUGGGGCCAGUCCAUCCGGGUCCAGCCAGUCCAGAACCACAACCUGCUGGAGCUAGAGUUUCCUGCGGACACUGCAGCAACACUUUCCUGUGGACUGAAUUUACUGACAGGACACUGGCUCGAUGCCCCCAUUGCAGGAAAGUAUCUUCGAUUGGACAGAGAUAUCCGAGGAGGCGGAGUUUGUGGUGUUACCUGCUGUGCUUGCUAUUUAGCAUCUCAGCCGCUGGUCUGAUUGCAGGGACGUGGUCCCAGGCACAUGUGUACAGGGGUAUUUAUGCCUCCUGGGCGGUGGUGUUGUUGCUGGUGGUGUUGACGCUGGCCAGGGCACUUUACUGGAGCUGCAUGAGGGUCAGCCAACCUCUCCACAACCUCACAUAGUGAGAGAGAGACACGGCAAGAGAGGGGGGCUGAGAUUAGGGGUGGUGGGAAAAAAUAAAGUCCACAGGAAAAGAGCUAUAGAGAAUCAUGGUUAACUCUUAAAGCUUGAUUGUGAAGGCUGUAAUGAAGGGUCAAAGUAAAAUCCAGGCUUGAGAAGCAUGUGAAAAAAAGCUAUUCUGGCAAAGAAGAUUAGUGUUUUAAACUUAUUUUUAUUCGGAAGCUUUCUUUGGAUGUGUUUUCAUCCGUGAAUAUGGACUGACUUGUUACUCAUGGUUACAUGCAAAUGUGCAGUUAUGAUUCCUAAUGCUCUUUCGGUUCUAACCAUUUACACACAUACAGGUGUGAAUACGUCACAUACUCUCAAACCCACAGAACUCUCUAUGUACAUCUUAAAUUAACCACACUACAAUACACAAAAGACACUAAUUCAACCACAUUCAAACCUUCAACACAACAUUAGCUGCCUCUCUAGUGUCCAAAUAAGCUCAGAAGCCUUACAAUGAGAGGAAGUACAGGUUGAUCUCCACUAGAGGGUGUUCCAAAACAACACACACCUGUAUGUUCAUGUCACAUUAUGUCACAUUACCUGUUUCUCUGUACAAACACCGCUAAUCCAAAUCCGUUUGGAUGAGAAUAUGCUUAACAAAUGCGCAUAACCAUUGUGUAACACUAAAAGUGUAAG